ACGAGGAUCGUUUAUCCAAGAGGAAAAGCAUCGGCGAGACGAUUUCCCUGCAGGUGGAGGUGGAAUCCCGGAACAGCCCGGAGCGGGAGCAGAGAGCUCCGGCGGAGGAGAUCACCUACGAGACGCUGAAAAAGGCCAUCGUGGACAGCGUGGCUGUGGAGGAGCAGGAGCGCGAGCGGCGGCGCCAGGUGGUCGAGAGGUUCCAGAAGGCUCCGUUCGAGGAAAUCGCCGCCCACUGCGGAGCCCGGGUGAGAGCCCAGGGAAAACCCGGAAUUCCCAACAGGAAUUCCCGACUGGAAUUUCUAACCGGAAUUCCCGACCGGAAUUCCCAACCGGAAUUCCCAGCAGGAAUUCCCAGCAGGAAUUCCCAACUGGAAUUCCCAAAAUCGCCGCCCACUGCGGAGCCCGGGUGAGCUGGAGCCGGGAAACCCGGGAAUUCCCAACCAGAAUUCCCAACAGGAAUUUCCAACCGGAAUUCCCAACAGGAAUUCCCGACCACAAUUCCCAACCAGAAUUCCCAACUGGAAUUCCCAAAAUCGCCACCCACUGCAGAGCCCGGGUGAGAGCCCAGGGAAAGCCCGGAAUUCCCGACCGGAAUUCCCAGCAGAAAUUCCUGACCAGAAUUCCCGACCAGAAUUCCCAACUGGAAUUCCCAACCGGAAUUCCUGACUGCAAUUCCCAACAGGAAUUCCCAAAAUCGCCGCCCACUGCGGAGCCCGGGUGAGAGCCCAGGGAAAACCCGGAAUUCCCAACAGGAAUUCCCGACAGGAAUUCCUGAACAGAAUUCCCAGCAGAAAUUCCCGACCAGAAUUCCCAACCGGAAUUUCCGACCGGAAUUCCUGACUGCAAUUCCCAACCGGAAUUCCCAAAAUUGCCACCCACUGCGGAGCCCGGGUGACGGCCCAGGGAAAACCCGGAAUUCCCGACCGGAAUUCCCAACAGGAAUUCCCAACCAGAAUUCCCAGCAGGAAUUCCCAACAGGAAUUUCCAACAGGAAUUCCCAACCGGAAUUCCCGACCAGAAUUCCCAACCAGAAUUCCCAACUGGAAUUCCCAGCUGGAAUUCCCAACCGGAAUUCCCGACUGGAAUUUCCAACCAGAAUUCCCGACCGGAAUUCCCAACCAGAAUUCCUGACUGGAAUUCCCAAAAUCGCCGCCCACUGUGGAGCCCGGGUGAGCUGGAGCCGGGAAAACCGGGAAUUCCCGACCGGAAUUCCCAACAGGAAUUCCCAACCGGAAUUCCCGACCGGAAUUCCCGAGGGGAACGGGAGCCGGGGAGCUCCGGCCCCAGGAGGGGAGGGAGGGAGAGAGGAAAGAGACAAAAAACAAAAACCCCUCAAAAAGGCGCCAAAAAUUCGGGGAUGAGAGACGGAAAGCAGCCGGAAUUUUGGGAAAAGUGCGUGAAUUUUAGGGAUUUUUAGGGAUUUUUAGGGAAAUUUAGGGA